AUGUCGUCUCCUGCCAACCUACCCAUAGGAGGCCCCACCUCUACAUGGUCAAAUGGCGGCCACCAGAGCUCAAUUUUGAACCCCAACGCUGCGAGUAAUGAGGAUGGAGUGACUGUCCGACCUAUGAGGCGUAGGUGUUCACGGUAAUAAUUAAUUGCAAGUGGUAGUUGUGCUGACAGUCGCUUGCUCUCACAGUCAAGGUUCUCUAUACUUUCGACGACGAAAAUAAAGUCAAUUGUUUGGCACGAUGGCCUCACGUUCUUCAAGUACAAACGGUCGCCAUGGACGAGGCCAAUUCCAUCGGGGUCAUUAAGUUAAAGACGUGUAUAGAAGCAAUCGUUCAAUGCAGUCCAGAACUCGUUGCUAGGCUAGGCAAAGACUACACCGUUUACGCUUACGAUUACUCUGAGUACGACACUCCUCUCGUUGGGCAGGGAAUGCUAUCCUGGGCUCUGGCCGCAGCUACUUCGACCUCUGAUGCGUCAUCACAACAAUCCGCUAAGCUUAUUACUGGAAGAGUGUGCAAGAAUAUUCUUGGGCUGUUCUCAAAUGGCGUCAAGGAAACCCUUGAAGUCAAAUUACGACUGGUAGCUGUUCCUACAGUUUCACAAAGCCAGUAUGUGGAUGCCAUGGAGAAAUAUCGAGAGAUCAGCAAGGUGGUACCGGCAGGGCUGGACCCCAAGGACUGGAUGAAUUUCAUUCGAUCAAACCCAAAUAUUGGUCAAUCAGUAUCUGACAAAGCAACCCCGACACCGUGCGCCCUUCCUACCCAAGGCCAACGGGAUGGGACUAGCAUGGAGGUUGUUAAUCAGCUGUUAAGUCCUAGCUUACAGCAACAGCCUAUGAUGUCUAAUAUGGAUAGCAAUGCCAAUCAGAGCUCCGGCGAGACUGCUGCUGGAAAACCGGAGAGAGCACCUCGUCCUUCACGAGCCGGAGUCAAGAGGCCCAGGAAGCCCCGAGCUCCCAAGAAUGCUCUUGUUCAAGGAGGAAAUACUUCCGGGUACGAGGAGGGCACCGAUGGCGAUGAUGCUCCUUCAAACCGAAAACGAGCAAAGAUCACCCAGACGGAUUGGAAUAGUAAAUCAGCAAUCGGCGACAAGUCUGACUCGCUUAGAGUAGCUGCAAGCACUGCAGGAUCCUUACGCUCGUUCCGCCCAAUCGCAAUGAACCCCUCUGCUGCAGGAAGUCAUCUCCAGGAAAUCCCUCGAGCUCCAACACCUGUACCCAGGGGACCAAGUCAACAACUGUCGCGGGAUAGCCGACCUCCACAAAGUGGAAUGCGACAUGAAUCAUUCUCUGCUCCAUCAGCUGAUACCCGUCGACAUGUAUCCCCUUACCCUCGCUUGGACAAUCCACAAGACCAAUUGAGAACCUCAAUCGAGGAGUCUAUACAAACCUCCCCAGAACGACAAGAUAGCCCCGUUGUGACCCCGCCUGGCAUUGGAUCAUCGCCCCCCGUUAUGAGAACUAGACCUCCUUCCAUGAUGCGAUCUAGCCCCCCUUGUCCAUCGAGUCCUGUCUUGCCACAAUUGCCUCGAACUGAUUCUGGCUUCAUGAGUGGCUCGAUGGAAGAGCUCUUUGGAGAAGGAGAAGACGAACCUCUGCAUUUGGACGAAUGCCCUGAGGUAUCUCCAGAGUUACCUCGACAUCGUACAGCGCCUCCGCCACCUCCACAACCCGCCCAAGUUUUUGAUUCGGGUUUCGUUAUUGAAGAAGAGAUGCCAGGUCCGAUGGAGCUUCUGCCGACCAAGAUGCCUGUCAGACCUGAGCCCAAACCACCGUCAAAACGUAACCAGGCUAGAGCAGCCAGUCGUGCAGCUAGUCGUGCAUUAAGCCGCGCGAAUAGUAUCGCAUCAGACGAUGGCCAAGUACUUCCUCCAUUGAGGAGAGAAGAGGGAUUCACACCAAGCGGUCUUUCGAUGCCUGUGUAUGUACCUCCGCCUCAACAAGCGCAACAAGGUCCAAUCACUCAGCAGUCUCAGCGCCCAUUGUCUCGACCAGUGUCUCGUCCUGCUUCUAGAGGUGACGCCAAAGGAUCAUCACCAGCCCCUGUAGCACCUCCUCAAAACCAGCCCACCAAUGUACAGGCAGCUUCUGUCCAGAAUCCAGCACCGCAAGCAAGACCUGCACCUAGGCAGAUUGUCCGUACCGCGUCGCUGGGGGCACUCACUCUUCCUGAAUUACCUCCUAGUGAUCCUGUUCUACCUCCAUCAAACCUUCACCGCUCUCAAACAUGGUCAGAGGCAGCACAUACCGUACCUGAAGCAUCCGCACCCGCUGAGGCAUCAAAUGAACCUCCUCCGUUGAUAUACUAUAUGUCGCAAUUCCCAGAUUAUUAUCCUGGGAUGGACGUCAACAGCUCAGAAUAUGCACGUCUUUCCAAAAAGGCAUCUAUCAGACAGAAAUUGGAGGUUGCAAUUGCCAAUGGCGAGAGUCCUCCAUUCUGCAACAAUUGUGGUGCUAUUGAGACCCCAACCUGGCGCAAAUCUUGGGUUCAGGAGCGCCAAGGUCAGCCUGGUUACUAUGAGUAUUCAGACGCUCCGGGCAAGGUUACAUGCAUCAGUGUGUUGACCCGUGAUGAAGGAGGAACGCCCACAUCCUACCAACUCAUCUAUAAGGCAUUGCUACCCUCUGACAAUAAAGAUGAAUUCAAGGAAUAUCAGCUUUGCAAUCGUAAGUCAUUGAUGCUACCGCGAUUAUCACGUCACUAACAGAUAUUUUAGCUUGUGGUAUUUGGUUACAAAAAUACAAGAGCCAGCGACCUAGAGAAAAAUGGCAAGCUUACCAGUCAACGGCACGUACCCGGAAUAGAAACCAAGGUGCCUACAUGACAUCAGAUGCAGCAUUCCCUCCAUCAGAUGCCUAUGUUCCCCAAUCAGAAGCGAAUUUCGCCCCUCCUUUUCUCCCCCAAGCAAAACAACUUCCUCAGGGAAACACUGCUGUGCAUGUCGAAGCAGGAUCGCCAGUCGAGGACAUCAAUUAUGUCGAGCGUCAGCCAUCUGAAGUCUCACAAGUCGGGGUUCAGAUGCAACGAUCCAACAGCUCUCAGCCUCCAAAACGUUUAAAGGCAAUGACUUCUGAUGCUGCUCCUGCCGCCCUUAGAAGGGCCAUUCAAUCAAGCCCAAUGAGAUGGGGCACCCGGAAAAGCCCAAUCAGCCUUGACGAAGAGACUCAAAGUCCCAAUACAAGAAGAUUGCUAUUUCCUUCACCAAGAAAGCUCGGCUCACCCAAGAUUUUAGGACAGUUGGCUGUUACCAAUGUUGUCCAGAUUUCAUCGGAUAGUCAUUUUUCUGACAAAGAAAUUAUGGAUGCAAUUGACAAGGAGAAUGAACCGCCAGCGAAUGCAACCGAUGAAGAAGAGGAGGACCUUGAGCUCCUAGCACUGUUUGAAGAAGAAAUGGCUCGUCCUUCUACACCAAAGCAAAAGUCACCUGUGGCAAACCCUUUCAAGACUCCAACUCGGCCAACGCCAAAUCAUAGACCAAUUACCAGGAGUAUUUCAAGAACGCAUCCAGCAUUGUCACCCGGACAGAUGCUUACUUUCGAUCAAUCGCCGUUGAAAACACCUACUAGGUCUGUUCGGCGAUCACCAAGAAACCAUGAACAAAACAUGGCCAUCUCCCCGUUUACUCUGCACCUCAACCAAUUAAUGAAUGAAACAAACAACAACAACCUUUCUCCAGUACGCAACCUCGAAGCGGACUUCCAGAGACUGCAAGAUGCGAACGAGAAGGGAAAUGGCGGGCUCAAUAUGGAGGAUUUCCUUUCAACCGAUGUCCCAAUGCCAUCCUCACCACCGGGAGCCUUUGAUUUCUACGAUGACCCAAUGAUGCAUCAAAUUGAUUGGGAUGAAUUUCACUCUUUCAACAUGCAGCAACCACAAGAAGAAGUGCAAGUCAAAGUAGAAGAGAACGAGAGCGAGGACGGGGAGCCGUCAGCAUAGGAAGAUGCUAGUUUUAUUUUUGUUAACUUUACUGUAUUGUAUAGCGUUAUCAGGAUGUUUUUUUGAUGAGAUAUUUGGGGAUACGAUACCCGUAGCGAAAGCGAUGUUGCAUGUCAACAUGGAGUACACAAGGAGCACACAAGGAGCAUGUCUGGUUAAUGGAGUCAUUUACUGGAUUGAUUGGUGGGGUUGCUAAUUGAUAAUUGCUAUGAUAGUAGCUAAAAGACUUGCAAUUAAUAAAUAGCUCGACGAGAGAAUGAAAAAAAUGUAUAUAAC